AUGGAAUGGGAGAGACGUCUUCAAUAUAUCUGCGAGAAAUGUUGGCAGCAUAUCUGGGAGUUCCAUCAAUUUCAGCAGUCAGUUAUAGAGGCACAAAAAGGCCUACAUCUGCAUACAGAAGCGAGCAAAGAAGUUGAUGAAGUUAAGAUUAAGUCAGAAGUAAACAUAAAUCAGCAGGAAGAACAACUGGAGUUGCAUAAUGCCAAGGGAUUUAGUACCAGUAGUGGAGAUUUAAUGCAAUCUACAGUCCUUGCCUUUGAUAUAAAAACUGAAGAACCUUUGGAUCUGAACAGUGAUAAUGAUGAAAUGUCGUCUCAUGGCAGUCAGUUAACCGAUGAUGAAAUGUCUCUGAUGAAUACCUCAUUGACAAAUGACAUUGAGUCCUAUGAAGAUUUUAGCUCAAAUGAUGACAUGCCUCUAUCAUCUUUGAGCCACAACAAUCUUUGCACUUCAGAAAGUAAAUUUGCUACAACAAAAAGGUCUGUGGAGCAGUUUGAUGAGCUGGUAGCUUUGUGGCGUUCCUCCUUGGAAUGUGAAAUUUGCCAUCAGCUGGUGGCCAGUUAUUCCCAGCUGGAGGAGCACUUUGGAAAAAACCAUGAUUCAGAAAUUUGUUACCUCAUGUGUUGCCAAUUGAAACUGGAAUCGCGUUAUGAUAUCGAGAGACACAUACACUAUCAUAAUGCUCCUCAGGGGCUCAAAUGUGAGGCCUGUUGCAAAGCCUACCGUCUGGAGAAACAUUUGAUUACCCACAAAAGAAAUGUCCACACCAGCAAGGGAGGAGAUAAAAAUACUAACUACAGCAAGAAGUUGGAAGGGAGAUAUCGUUGCAGCAAGUGUUUGAAGAAUUUUGCAACAACAACGAGUUUAUCUGCCCACAAUCGUAAUGUCCAUAAACCCAAGAUUUUUGAAUGUAACAUGUGUGAAAAAUCUUUUAGGCGCCCGAAUGCACUGCGCCAGCACUUGGCUGUUCACGAAGGUGAAAGGAAGCAUGCGUGCUCCGUUUGCUCCAAGACAUUCACCUGCCGAGCUUAUUUCUGCCGACACAUGAGAAUAUAUCAUCCCCAGGAAUGGAAGAAAAUGCAAAACGUGAAGUUCCAAACAAAGACUCGGAAGGGGUAUCUGCUAGUAACUCAGGGAGAAAGUAUGGUCUAUGUUUGCAUUUAUUGUUCCGUCGAAUAUUCAAAGCAGCAGUCCAUAUACUCUCAUCUCAAGCGAUGUCGAAGAGACGGUACACCAAUACAGCCUAAAAGGAUGUACCGGCUUGUAACUCGGGGAGAGAGUGUGGUCUAUGUAUGCAUUUAUUGUUCCAAGGAGUAUGCAAAUCGGCGCUCCAUUAACAGUCAUCUCUACCGACGUCAUAGAGACGAUAGAUCUUCAGCGAAGCGGGCAUCAAUAAUUUCGGAACCCCCAGAGCCAAGUGAGCAGCAGCAAGACUCCCUUUGCACCACUAGGAUUAUAGAUCCAAAGGCAACUGAUGUAACCAACAUAACACCAGAUGGUGAUACCUUCAAUUUGCUAGGCAAAGUACAAGAAGAAGAUUCAUUAAUGGCCCCUGUAGAGGGAAAAGUAUUGAAAGAUGAAAAUGCAACAAGGAUUUAUUUAAAGACUGAACAAAUUACAGCUGAUACAAAUGCCUUGGGAAAUGAGGAAAUUGGUGACAAUGAAAUGCCACUAGAAUUUGAAGAUACUACAUGGGAAUGUGAAGAAUUCAUAAAAUCCGAGGAAGAAUUUAUUGAGCUACAAGCAGAGACUUAAGAAUUUUGUUGGAACAUUAAAAAAACAAAACUCCAAAAAAUUUGAUAGUUUUAA